UUAUCCAUACGGGUGGGGUCGCCGGCCGGCUCGGGUAUAUAAGCUGGAUCCGUAGAACUCUUCAGCACAACGAAUCCGUCUCCUCAUCACUGCAGAUAAUCGAAUUCUACAGCUGACACACAACAAAUCGCAAACCACCAUGAAUACCUUCGUCAAAGUGUUUGUCGUGCUGGCUGUGGCCGUAGCUCUAGCUAAGAGUGAAGAAGCCAAAAAAGAAACCAAAGUCGUCGAGAAACGAUCAGAUAAAUCCGAUCUGACUCCAGCGGCCACCGGACGAUCGUUCUCGGGUGGUUACAACAGUUACCCGUCUGGCUACAGCAGCGGUUACAACAGCGGUUACAACAGCUACCCGUCCACCUACAGUGGAGGCUACAGCAGUUACCCAUCGUACAGCAGCUAUCCAUCAUCCGCAUACACCGGCGGCUACUCUUCCGGCUACGGAAAUGGCUACGGAAGCAGCUACGGAAACGGUUACAACAGCGGCUACAGCAAGUACCCGAGCAGUGGUUACGGUAACAACCAGUACUACGGUGGAUACGACCAGGGAUACAACCAGGGCUACAACAAAUACCCGUCGGCUUACUCGUACAGCAACAGCUACAACUACCCAGGAUCGUACAGCUCCGGUUAUGGACACAACAACUACGACAACGACAACUACGGCUCCCAUGGUUACAGCGGUUACAGCGGCUAUAACAAGGGAUACAGCUCAUACCCCCAAUCCACUGGCUACGGUUACAACAAAUGGUAAUAGCCGUUUCUGAUAAUUCUUCAUACCGACGACGAUAACUUGAUGGAAUUUUGCUCUUUUUUUUCUUGCGAGUUUUUUUUUAUCACAAAAACAAAACUCCAAGUUCAUUUCUUUUAAUGACAUGUAAAAACAUUAUUCAUGUAUUUUUAUGUAAUAUGUAUAUAUAUACAUAAUAUAAAUAAUUUAAUUUAUUGUCUUCCAAUUUAUAUAUAUGUAAUAAACAAAAUAUAUUUUACAAAGUA